AUGGAAGACCAGUCAAUCAACGUCACUUCAACAUUAACACUGGAUGGCUUCAAGUUGAUACCCGAAGGCAGAUAUCCUGCAUUUGUACUUGGACUGUUGCUCUACUGCAUUAUUGUUUUUUGUAAUCUACUGAUCCUCAUUGCAAUUGCUCUAGAAAGACGACUGCACGAGCCCAUGUAUGUGUUGCUUUUCAAUCUACCAGUCAACGACCUGAUGGGAGUCACUGCUGUGCUUCCUAAAUUAUUGACAGACACUUUGACAGAUUCAGAAACUAUAACAUACUCAGCAUGUGUCAUGCAGGCUUUUUUCGUACAUUUUUAUGCAGGAGGUUCAAUGCUUAUAUUGACAGCCAUGGCUUAUGAUAGAUAUGUUGCAAUCUGUUGCCCUUUAAGAUACAAUGCGAUUUUAACGAGCGGCAAUCUAAUCAAAAUAAUCAUAGUAGUUUGGGUUUUGGAUUUCAUUUUGAUAGGUGUGUUAAUUGUACUGGUUCUGAGGCUUCAAAGAUGUAGAUCUAGGAUUCAAAAUGCUUACUGUGACAACCCAUCGCUUAUGAGAUUGAUCUGUGCAGACACAAGUAUAAAUAAUAUUUAUGGCUUGUUUAUAACAGCUUUUCUUCAGGGUUUAUCUUUGCUGGCAAUGAUCUUUACAUACUUUCAGAUUCUUUUGACUUGUUUAAUGAACAAACAGCCUGAUGCAAAGAGCAAAGCUACUCAGACGUGUGCUACACAUUUAGUUGUGUAUAUCGUUUUAUGUACCUCUGCUCUAUUUGUAAUACUUUCUUAUCGAUUUGAACAGAUUUCUCCCUAUUUUAGGAAAGUAGUAGGAGUAGCUGUUGUAAUAUAUCCCGCAGUGUUUAACCCAAUAAUCUAUGGACUGAAAACAAAAGAAAUUAGGAAUACAAUAAUAAAGAUGUUGAGAAAGAAAACAUCCCCCUUUUAG